ACUAAAGAGAGGAGACAGAGAGAGAGAGUGGGAAAAGUAAGAGUGAUAGGUAGUGAUGGGGUGGGCCAUAGCACUCCACGGCGGCGCGGGCGACAUCCCACUCACUCUUCCGCCGGACCGCCGCCUGCCUCGCGAGGAAGCCCUCCACCACUGCCUCCACCUCGGCGUCCAAGCUCUCAAAGCAGGAAACUCUGCCUUGGACGUUGUCGAACUUGUGGUCCGUGAACUUGAGAACAAUCCACACUAUAAUGCUGGCAAGGGAUCAGUGUUAACCAGUGAAGGCACAGUUGAAAUGGAAGCAUGUAUUAUGGAUGGAAAAACCAAGAAAUGCGGUGCUGUUUCCGGUCUCAAAACCGUCGUUAAUGCCAUAUCCUUGGCACGCUUGGUCAUGGAGAAAACUCCUCAUAUCUACCUUGCAUUUGAUGGAGCUGAGGCAUUUGCAAGGGAACAAGGUGUUGAGACUGUGGAUUCAAGUCAUUUCAUUACUGCAGAAAAUAUUGAACGGCUAAAGCAAGCAAAAGAAGCCAACAGAAUUCAGCUUGAUUACACAGAACCGACUGCAAAAGCUCCGAAGAAUGAGAAACUGAUAGGGAACGGUGAUAGCCAACUCGGGACAGUUGGAUGUGUGGCAGUUGAUAGCCAGGGGAAUUUAGCCACUGCAACUUCCACUGGGGGAUUUGUCAACAAGAUGGUUGGGAGGAUUGGGGACACUCCCAUCAUAGGAGCAGGAACCUACGCCAACCAUCUCUGUGCAGUUUCCGCUACGGGGAAAGGUGAGUCCAUAAUCCGCGGCACGGUUGCAAGGGACGUGGCUGCUCUCAUGGAGUUCAAAGGCCUUUCUCUCAAAGAAGCUGCAGCCUAUGCUGUGGAGAGCGUUCCAAGAGGCACUGCUGGCUUGGUUGCCGUGUCUGCCACGGGAGAAGUCGCUAUGCCUUUCAAUACAGUGGGCAUGCUCCGUGCCUGCGCCACCGAAGAUGGCCAUUUGGAGAUUGCAAUAUGGCCUUGAAAGUAAUAUUGAGUAGUGUAUCUUGAUUAGCUCAAGUCGUUUCAACAUGAGAAUUUGUUUUCCGCAAUGUUUUCCUGCAUUAGAUUUUUCUUGUUUCUGAUACUUUGUCCACUAUCCGCAAUUUGGUUGACGAAUAACACAAGAACUACUUGGUUGGAAAUCUUAUGUUGGGACCCUUUUGAUUUUAUUCCCAGGACAAAGAGAACUCGCGUGUGUCAAUCAUGAGUAAUGUCUGGCUAGUUUUUCUCGCA